AUGUCUGUCGCCAACUUGCAUCGUGAAACCGGCUUCCAGGUGCGGUCUCUGUUCCGUUCUCUGAUGCGCCAGUCGACUCAGUUCUCCAACUACAACUUCCGGGAAUACGCCAUUCGCAAGACGCGUGACUCAUUCCGCGAGCACCAAAAUGAGACUGAAGAUCGCCGGAUACAGGAGCUGAUCCAGAGUGGCCUACAGGACCUACGCUUGCUGAAGAGGCAAACAACAAUCAGCCAGUUCUACCAGAUGGAUAAAUUGGUGGUGGAGGGCCAGAAGACAGGCAAGGAGACCGGCGAACAUGGAGGCAUUGUUCGUCAGAAGGACGAUGGGUAUUUCCGGUCUUCGCGUUCCGGCCGACAGCUCGACGGUAACCGACGAACCGGCCAAAUCGACCACGAUGUCUUCGAAGGACUGCCCGUUCGUCGCUGGUCACGUCAACCACACACUUAUUCUCAGGUGCCUAAGACUGAGGACUCCGAGUUUACAGUCCAAGGACCCGGUGGCACUGCUAUGCUGCCGGAGCUAGCAAUGCCACGAGACAGUCAGCUCUUAGGCGCAAGCAGUCGCGCCCUCUUGCGCGCCGCUCGUGCUGGGUGCAUCUACAUUCACCAAAACGCUCGCGCCCCCGAUGAAGAUGAUAAGACAGCUGUGGAUGGUGAGGAAGGCAUCGGUGGUGCUCAUUUGGCGGAUCGUGCCUUUACCAGCCGCAAAUGGAUGACGCUUCCUAAGCACCUGGAGCCUGCGGAGGUGGAGUUUUUGGCGAAGAGACGAUCUGGCCUGCCAUCGCUUUAUGGUGGUGCGACAUCUGUCGAUGGGUCUGGGCCCGGUCCCAUGAGACGCACCAAGUUCAAGAAGACAGACCCUGAGACAGGAAAGAUCUCUAUCUAUGAAGCUUGGGUUCCGGAGGGACAUCGCAUUGAAGGCGAGAUCACUGGCGAUGUUCAGGCCAUUGUUCAGCAUAGUGCUGUGCCUGUUAAUGCCGAGAUGCCUGCACCUGGCACAGUUGUGGAAGGUGUUGGUAUUGUUAAUUCAGAGGGUGUCGUGGUUGCCGAAGCUGGUUCGGCUUCUGUAAUGACCCCACCCAAGAGACGACCUCCGCCACCAAAGCGCAAGGGCAAGGGCAUUGGAAAGGGUAGAAAGAAGAAGGUCAUGUUUGCUCCAGGAGAAGGUGCCGAUGCUGCGACUGUACAUGGGGUCUCGGCUGGUGCAAACUCCGGUGGUGGUGCUCCUAGCGAAGGACAGGAUGCUUCACAAAUGUCAAUUGAUCAGUCUGGUCAAGAUGAUGAUGAUGAAGAUGGUGACGAUGGCGAUGACAGUGAUGAGGGAGACGAGUCUAUGAUUGACGCGAAAACUCCGGAAACCCCACAAGCGCUAUCUGUCACCCAGUCUGAAGACCAGCCUACAGUUGAUACUCUGGCUGACUCGAAGGAUGUCGAAAUGUCCGACGCAACCUUCGAACCGCAAUCUCAUGUUUCAGAACCUUCUGCGGGACAAGAAGUGGUUCCACAACUAUCAGCAAUACCCAAGGUACCGCAAGCUGAACCUGCUUUUACUGCACCCGGUUCUACUGCCCAAAUAGCUGGAACGACCGCACCCGAACAACCCAGCGAUAUUGAUAACCAACCCACCGGUGCUGGGUCACUAGAUCCUCCCGUAGCGUUAUAUCAGCCCGAGGCUCUAUCUCACUUGGCAUCGGAAGGGGUGUCUAGGGAGGAGCCUCUAGCUCUUGGGCCCACUCCAGCUGCCAAAGCAGACACUACCAUUGACUCUCUUGCAGAAGGCCCCGUCUCAGAGCCAGUUCAGGUGGCAGCUGAGAUCUCAGCAACCGACUUCAAGGAGUCCCGGACUCCUUCUGAAAUCACAUCGGCAUCUAUUGGUCUUGAUAAAACUGUUGAGGGGGUUCCUUCGAAGCCGUGGAAUGAGCCGGAGUCAGAAAAUAUUUCAGCGGAAACGUCAUGGUCAAGACUAUCCGAGAAGCCUUUCGAGACAUCUAUCCCACCCCCUGCUGAAUAUCAGGAUACAGAACCUGCUCCGGUUUUAAAUGACACGGAGAACACCAAGAAAGACCUUUCCGGUGGACCAGAGUCAGGCCUUGACUCUAUAGAGCCAAAGGAAGAUGUGGAAAUGGGCGAUGCUCCCUCCGAACCCCAACAAUCAAUUCAACCUGAGGAGCCUAUUGCAACCGAAGCUCCUGCAAAUACCGCAUCCCCUUCAACAUUAGAAGCCCAGGCCCCUACCGAUGAGGCUCCUGGGCUCUCUCCUCUGGAGCCAGCCGCUGGAAACUCGAUAAUCAAGGAAGAAUUUACAAGUACAGAGAUUCAACCAGAGGAGCUAGUUGAGAAAUCACCACCCAGACCAACUGAACAGGUUGCUCAGCAGGUGCCUUCACCCGCAGAAUUACAAGCAGAAGAACCUGCACCUGCACCUGCACCUGCACUCGAAGAGAAAAAAGAUGACAUAGAGCCGCAAGCUGCCCCAGCUCCGGAAUUUACGUAA